GGAAAGUAGCGCUCGGACACAUCGUACGCUUUGUCAGACGAAUAGUUGAGUGUUGUGGACAGCUAGAGAUGAAUCGUCUUCUUCUUCUUGUAGUUGUGACUGUGAUCGCAACAUGCGCGCAAGCACAAACGUGUGACUUUGAGGGAAAGUCUUACAGGGAAGGAGAGUCUUUCAGCCCUCUUGACUGCACGAGGUGUGUUUGUCAAGGCAACCCGCUUCAAUUUGCGUGCUCGACUGAUCCCGCAUGCGAAGAUACACCAACACCAGAAGUAGCAGUUGAUGUAACUACAAGUGCACCAACAAGUGCACCAACCGCUCCUUCCAUUGGUAUUCACGUUUGUUCCAAGUUCAGGGAUUUGAACAAUGGAGAUGUAGAGUAUGACAGUGAUGCAGAAGAUGCAGAAACAUUUCAACCGGGUACAGUUGCCGACUUCUACUGUCAUAUUGAGCAUGAGCUGUUUGGUCCUGAAAGUGCUGUCUGUCUUGACAAUGGACAAUGGAACAACGAACUACCAGAAUGCUUACCAUUUCGUCAGUGUCCUCAGCUAGGGCACCCAAGAUUUGGAUGGGUUGUCAAUCGACAGCCAGGUUACCAGCCUGGAGAUAAAGCCAUGUUCAAAUGCAAGAAAAACUAUAAAAACACAGGUUCUUCAUAUCGCGUAUGCCAGGAGAACCUCAAAUGGUCAGCUGAAGGACCAACCUGUGUUAAAGCUAACAAGGGUCCAGGUGGCAGACAGAAGUUAUGUGGUGAUCCAGGAGAUAUUGAAAAUGGUAGAAAGACAGGCCGUGACUAUGCUGUAGGUUCAACAGUUGCAUAUGCCUGCCACCAAGGAUAUUUUCUUCGAGGAAGUAGUCAAAUUGAAUGCCGUUCUUCUGGUUUGUGGUCAUCACCCCCACCUUCUUGUGAAAUUGUACGUGACAGUCUGGAUACUCUGGCAGGCAGGUUUGCGAAUGCAACAGACAACUAUGGACAACGAUCAGACUGCAAGAUUGACCUUGUGUUUGUGUUGGACAAGUCUGGUUCAGUAAGCAAUGAAGACUUUAGACUGAGUGUUCAGUUUGUUAGAGAGACUGUAACAACAUUUACAUCCAAAUGCGAUGAUGUUCGAUUUGCUCUUAUCACCUACAGCAAGCAUGCUGAAUUAAAUGCGAACUUUGAAUAUGCAUCACAACUCACAGAAGUUCUCCGACACGUUCGACGUGGCACCUAUGGACCAACAGCAACUCGUCGAGGACUUGACAAAGUUAGAGAUGAUCUGCUCUUAAACAACAGACAUUGUUAUGCUUGCCUACCACCAACAGAGAGACCUGAAGAGAAAGAUUUCUUUACAUACCCUUGUCCAUCAUGCACGAACGAAUGCCCAGUGCGAGACCAACGUUGCUCACAUUGUGCAUCUACCCUUUUGUUCCUUGUGACUGAUGGAAAGUCUAAUUGGGCUGGAGAUCCAGUCCAUGCUGCAAACUGUGUCAAAGCCAGUGGAGUGGAAAUCUUCUCAGUAGGUGUCACAUCUCAUGUCAACCUAGCAGAACUGAGAGACAUUGCCAGUAAACCUUUUUAUAGUCAUCUGUAUUUGAUCAGAAGUUAUGAAGAUGCUCUGCAACUUAUCAGAGGAGCGGCAAAGAGGUUCAAGUGAUUUUGAAGGAUACAUGAACAAACUGGACAGAUGAUGAGAAAUGGAUUAGACACUUAGUGUAGCAGUAAAUAAUGUGUUUUCUGUUAAUGUGUAUUGCCAUUAUUUUCAGCAGUUGGAAGUGGAAUGAUGUGUAUCUUUAUUGUGUUGACAUUACACAAAGAGAAUUUGAAAACCA